GAGUGUUGUUGGUCAUGAUGGCGUCUCUCACAGAACAGCCUUACUCAGAUCUCACUGAGAAAGAAACUAGAGAGAAACUGUCUCACUGGGACCAGCGAGCUGAUCCAAUGGCGCCGUUAACCGACAAACAGACGGACUCGAUUCUUGAGAUCCGCGCCGCCGCUGAAGUGACUCCGAUUCCAGCUGAACUCCCUAUUGAGGACAUCUGCAGCCUGGCGUCUCGUUCCCUGCGCUCAUCUUUCACUACAACUCUGCCAGCAUCCACCGAGGACGUUCUCCUGCAGGGAUUCCAAAUGUUGGAUUUGGAGAGUGAAAGAAUAGAGACCGCUCAACAGUUCUUUAGCUGGUUCUCAAAGCUCCAGACUCAGAUGGAUCAAGAUGAAUCUGCUAAAUACAGGACGACUCGAGAUGUGUUGAACGGCUAUCAGGAGCAGUGUGACGCCAUUCUGACGGAUGUCAACACGGCUCUGCAGCACUUGGACUCUCUACAGAAGCAGUAUCUCUUUGUGUCCAUUAAAACUGGAACACUUCAUGAAGCCUGCGAACAGCUGUUGAAGGAGCAGUCAGAGCUGGUGGAUCUAGCUGAGAGCAUUCAAGAGAAACUUUCAUAUUUCAACGAACUGGAAAACAUAAAUACGAAACUGAACUCGUCAACAGUAUCUGUGAACAGCGAGGGAUUUAUACCGAUGCUUUCCAAACUAGAUGAAUGCAUAGAAUACAUUUCAUCACAUCCCAAUUUCAAAGACUACCCCGUCUAUCUCACCAAAUUCAAACAGUGUCUGUCCAAAGCGAUGCAUCUAAUCAAGAGCCACACUGUCAACAUCAUGCAGAACCUCACCGGACAGCUCACUAAACGGGACCCGAUGGGCGUUCCAAACGCAGAUAAUGCCUUCACGCUGUACUAUGUGAAGUUCAGAGCAGCGGCACCUAAAGUUCGUAGGCUGAUUGAGCAAGUUGAACAGCGAUCUGAAAAAAUUCCUGAGUAUCAGCAGUUAUUGGAUGAGAUUCACCAGUGUUACCUGGACCAGAGAGAAGUUCUGCUCAGCCCCAGUAUAAACUCCUCCAUCACAGACCUCACCAGCCAGAACAGCAAGGAUCACUGCGCUCUGAUGCGCAGUGGUUGUGCAUUCAUGGUCCAUGUUUGUCAAGAUGAGCAUCAGCUUUUCAGUGAGUUCUUCUCCAAACCCACAUCUAAACUGGACGAGCUCCUGGAGAAACUGUGUUUGUCACUGUAUGAUUUUCUGAGGCCUCUGAUCAUCCAUGUCGUUCAUCUGGAGACGCUCUCCGAACUCUGUGGAAUCCUGAAGAUCGAGAUGCUGGAAGAUCACGUUCAAAACAAUGUGCUGCAGCUGGCAGCGUUUGAUGCAGUUGUGAAGCAGAUGUUGGAGGAUGUUCAGGAGCGUCUGGUGUACCGAACACACAUAUACAUCCAGACUGACAUCACUGGAUACAACCCUGCACCAGGAGACCUGGCCUACCCAGACAAACUGGAGAUGAUGGAGAAAAUCGCUCAGAGUCUGAAAGAGGAGCAGAUGAAGUUGACGUCCAACAAUGCUUUCUCUGACGUCCAGCUGGAGGAAUCGGACAAUAAAAAGAUCUGCUCGGUAGAUCCUCGAUUACAGAGCAGUGUUUCUCCAGCAGAUCUGCACGGCAUGUGGUACCCAACUGUCAGACGCACGCUAGUGUGCUUGUCCAAACUCUACCGCUGUAUAGACAGGGCAGUGUUUCAGGGUCUGUCACAGGAAGCACUAUCUGGCUGCAUCCAGUCGCUCCUCAAAGCCUCUGAUGUCAUUCACAAGAACAAGACUCCGAUCGAUGCGCAGCUCUUCCUCAUCAAACAUCUGCUCAUCAUGAGAGAACAGAUUGCACCGUUUCAUGCCGACUUUGCCAUUAAAGAGAUUUUUCUGGAUUUGAAGAAGACCAGAGACGCAGCGUUCAAAAUGUUCAACCCGAUGGUUGUGCCCAAAUUCUUCCGGCUGAACAGUCACAAUGCAAUCCUGGAGUUUUUACUAGAGGGCACACCUGAGAUCAAAGAGCACUACAUUGACUCAAAGAAGGAUGUGGAUCGGCAUCUGAAGUCCAGCUGUGAGCAGUUCAUACAGCAGCAGACCAACAUGUUUGUGAGCAACCUGGAAGAAUUUCUCACCAAGGUAGGAGCUCUAAAAACGAUGGCUGUUCAAGGAGGACCAACCUACAAUCUCUCUCAGCAGCCGUGGGCUCAGCCUGGGUUCACACAAGGUCCAUGAAGUGCUUAAAGUGCCUGAAUUUAGCUCUUAAAAAUGUAAGUACUGGAAUACCUGGAAAAUCGCCUUGUUUUGAUGAAAAGUGCUUGAGAUUAAAACAGACCAUUUCAUCCUUGUAAUGUGUGUCCAUCAAAGAUGAGAUCCCGCACUCACUUUCAUUUAAAGUUGCUACAUGUAAUAUUUUGAGUGUACUAAAUCAUAAAAUGACCAUAAUAUGUCAUUAGAGAAUUAGGAAACAUGCUAAGUUGAAAUACUGGCUUCUCUGAUAACAAUGCUUCAGCCAGUAUAUUCUACUUUGAAGUUUCCAUUCCCGGCCGGAAUUUCUGUUUAUGUUUUGGCCUGUGUGAUCCCACCCACUGCCCACUUACCAGUAGUAUUUCGACACCGCCGGGUUGCCAGAUUUGAACAAGUUUGCAGGCAAACAACACUGCGUGCUGCAGUCAUGGAAGCCAGCAAACGAACUGGAUUAGAGAUAACCGAUUCCACCUGACCUAAAAAGCCUCGCCAUCAGUCUAAAAAGGCGUAGUAAAACAAGGAUAAAUAUCGGAGAUGUCUUUGCAAGAUGGAGACAACUUAAACCCAGGAAUCCUUUAAAACGGACGCCGAGUUGGCUAAUAUUCGUGUCAACAUUCUGGCAACCCGCAUGAGCUUCGAGUCUGGGGCGGGGCAGACAACUCUCCAAUAUUCUGAAUUUGGACUGCAGUACCCAUUUCAAAUGCUUGUUGUCAAUCUUACAUAUAGCACCUUUCAUAAUGUGUCUUUUAGGGGGCCUGGGUAGCUCAGUGGUAAAGACACUGGCUACCAUACCUGGGGUUCACUAGUUCGAAUCCAGGGCAUGCUGAGUGACUCCAGCCAGGUCCCCUAAGCAACCAAAUUGGCCCGGUUGCUAGGGAGCUUCGAGUCUGGGGCGGGGCAGACAACUCUCCAAAAUUUUGAAUUUGGACUGCAGUACCCAUUUCAAGCCAAUUUGGUCUCCUAAGCAACCAAAUUGGCCCGGUUGCCAGGGAGGGUAGAGUCACAUUGGGGUAACCUCCUCGUGGUCACUAUAAUGUGGUUCGUUCUCGGUGGGGCGUGUGGUGAGUUGAGCAUGGUUGCCGCGGUGGGUGGCGUGAAGCCUCCACACGCGCUAUGUCUCCGUGGCAACUCACUCAACAAGCCACGUGAUAAGAUGCGCGGGUUGACGGUCUCAGACGUGGAGGCAACUGGGAUUCAUCCUCCGCCACCCGGAUUGAGGCGAAUCACUACGCCACCACGAGGACUUAAAAGCACAUUGGGAAUUGGGAAUUCCAAAAUUGGGAGAAAAAGGGGAAAAAUCCAAGAAAAAAAAGAAAUAAUGUGUCUUUUAAAAUUCUGUUUUUUACAGACAGAUAGAAAAGUACAAAUAAAUAUGAAUCAUUAAUAUUAAUCAUUAUUAUACAUACAGUUUCAAUAAAUAAUAUGAACUGAUAGAAAGUAGAAUUGUUAUAUAUUUAAAAAGUUGAAUUUUUGUUGAAUCUAACCCUAACCCUUAAUUUUCAACAUGUAUUUUCUCCAUCCAGUUUUGUGCAAAGCAUGAUGGGAACUACAAGUCACUGCGGUUUCAUUUAAUGCAAGCAAAACUACUUAAAUUGUUCCAACAUAAAUGGAUUAAGUAGAGCUGACAAGACACAUUUUCGUUGUAACAACUCAGUUGCAUUAAGUUCACUUGGUUACAUGCAUUUUUUGAGUAAUAUGAACAAGGGAAGAUUCAGUAAAACUGACAAUAGUGAAAGUUAAAUUUUUUUUUUGGAGUAUACAACAAAUAUUACCAUGAUGUAUAAAUAGUGUACAAUUUAAAUAAUUGCAUUAUAAAAUCAAGAAAUCAUUAUGUAUUUAUUGAUUGCCAUAUGGAAAUGGGAAAUGCAGGGAAUUUGCUUAAUUGUCAUGAAAAUUGUCACAGUCACUUUCAUUUCUUAUUUCUUUUGAUUUUGGGUGUGAAAUAUGAUCUGGACAUGUUCUUGAAAGAGGCAGUUAUUAAUUUGCAGCUUUGAAUAAGAUAGAUGCUUGACCAUGUGUUUUUUAUUUUAAAGUUUCUACCCUUAUUAAAAGCUAACGGUGCAUUGCCGCUUCCU